UCACCAGUUGAGGCUGAGGAGCCAGCGGCCGCUGAGGCCGAGACCGAAGAGUAAUCUCGGUUGUUUACAUGCCAAUGGUAUUACACCAUAGUAUCGUGAUACAACUAAAUAAGAUAGGUCGUUUCUAAAAUGUAUGUUCAUUGUUCAACAUCAAGCAAGCAGUAAUCAUAUGAACCCGAAUCGUCCCAGCCGGUGCGGCCUGGCCGCGGUGCGGUGGACCCUCAACCUUAACUUCAUCAACCAAGCGGUAAACACACCAAAAAUUUUCUUUCGAUUAGUAACCACAAACCACUUAGUACGCUUUUGAAAUUCAAUGUAUUUCACUCUAAUUGUUGACAUCAGUGGUCAUGAAUGAUAGUUCUCUUGAGCAAAAACAAGUCAGAAAUAUUGAGAUAAUACUAUUAAAUAGACGUCAUCAUUUUUCCAUAUUAUCGAUAUCCACAUUUCAAUCAUUAGUUACACGCACCGAGGAUAGUUUUUUUUGUACAACUGCCUGCAGGGAGAAGAAAUGUUCAAGGAAGCUAGUUUUCCACUUAUGUACAACAACCAACAAGAAAAAUGUAGUUGAUGAUACCAUAGAUUUGCUUUUCGGGGUCUGGGUGAAAAUUGAAAUUGAUUUCAUUUCAAUGCAGUAGGGAUUAUUUUUAGGAGUGGGGGCCUCACAACAAGUGUUAGAAAUAGAACAAGUUCUUAAUGUGCUGUGAAGUCCACGAACCACAACGAAAUGAUCCAUCGGGGAAACAGCAGCCUGCAGCUUUUUAUAACAACUGCAGGCUAAGCUCAAGAACGACCGCGGGUGAAGAUGGAAAAUCAAAACCUAACAUUCGUUUCGGGGGAGUACAUGGUUGAUACAGUUUUCGCAAGCUGCUUAUGAUCACAACAUACACCAAAAAAAGGGAAAAGAACACUGUAUCCAACAUCAGAAUGCACCGGGACAAUCAUCGCUUUUUCAGACUUUGACAUGUACAGUAGAUCGACGACGCG